AUGCGGCUGUUAUAUAGAAUUAAUGGAGAUAGUAAUAUUGAUAUUAAAAUUACUAUUACUAAUGUUUAUCAAGAUAUGAAUCAACAAGUUCUAUUCAACAAACAAGAAUCAGAACAUGAUAAUAUUAAUAAUAUAAUAGUGCACACAAGUAAUCUUAAUAUUAAUAAUAACAAUGAGAAUAAUUCAAUAUUCAUUAAUCUUCCAUUCAUUUUGAUGAAAAAGAUCGUCAAUGCAUUGGAAGAUGAUCUCGAUCGAAUAUGCAUGAGUUUAGUUUGCAAACGAUGGUUUUAUCAAAGAGAUAAAUACUUAUCAUUCAAUUGUUCUGGAUUGAUGCAAUCAUUCGAUCACUUUGACAAUCAAAACAAUCGAUAUUUCACUUUGAAUUCAUUCAAACUUCAAUUUCAGAGAGAUAUCAAUCAUAAAUCAAAUUGUACUUUUCUAUUAACCGUUCCAAACAAAUUUCCAAUAAAUUAUAUAAAACAAGAUGAUAUCUUAUUUAACAUUGAUUAUCAAGUGAAAAUUGGUGAUUUCAAAUAUGAUGAUAUCAAAUCGUCAUGCUUCAAAAUGGUCAUUAAUUGCCCUCUAAUCAAUAAAAGUGGAAUCAAUGCAAUCAAGAAAUCAACAAUCAAUUCAAUUACUUUUAUCUUUAAUUAUAGAAGCAAAAUUAGAUUACCAUCAAAUAUCAAAGAAAUCAUAUCACUUAAUGAGAUCUAUCAAUCCAUCUUGCCAUUGGAACUUGAAGUAUUGGAGUAUAGAAACCGAGAAGGUAGAAUAUCAAUUGACAUCCCAACAUUACCAAGAUCACUCAAAGUUCUCAAAGUGAAAUUGGACAAUUUUAAAUAUAUUUGCUUUGGAAUAUUCCCACCAAAUCUUGAAGUUUUGAAACUGGUGGUAAUCGGUUCUGAUUAUGAAAAAUACACUUCAUUUUCUGAAUUUAAAGGACCACUCCCAUCAACAUUAAAACAUAUUUCAAUACCAACCAGUUGGUUGAGAUUCAUCAAACAUCUCGAAUCAAUUGAAUCACUCAAAUUGUACCAACAUAAAGGCACACCAAUUGAAAUUGGUGAUAUUCCGUUGAGUGUCACUCAUCUUACAAUCAACUCUUAUGCCAACAGAUUUAGUGUUAGGUUUAAGUUUACUUCAGGUAUCAUCCCAAAAGACAUCAAAUAUUUAAAACUAAAAGGAGACUUUUCAAUCGAUACGAAUCUAUUCUUUAGUUUUAAACAAUUGGAAACAUUGGAUCUCUCUCGAUGGGAUUUUUAUUAUUAUUAUUCUCAAAAAAGUGUCAUUGGAGAAUUACCAUCGAGUCUCACCAAACUUUAUUUACCAUAUAAUUUUAAUGAGCCCCUGCGUAAACAUUCAAUUUUAUCAGAAUCUAUUAUCAUUCCAAAUGACUUGCAAUACUUGGAGCUUGGUACUCAUUUCUCAUUCCCAGUCGAUAGAUUACCAGAAUCACUCAAAACACUAUGUUUCGCACAAGAAGAAAUUGAUUUAAAUGAAUUAAAUUUAAAUAGUGUAGGACGACCACCACUAGAUGCAUCAACAAAUUUCGUUGUACCUUCUCUUCCACAAUCAUUGGAAACAAUUAUCAUCAAACAUUAUGAUGACAAAUUUAUCUCACGAUAUCCAUCAAUCAAAUCAUUGACCACAAACAAAGAAUGUAUUCCAAAAGAAUUUCCAACAACACUCAACUCGAUGACCAUCAAUGAUUAUGACAAACAAACAUAUUUCAUUCGAAGACUCUCAGAAACAUCAUUCUUAGUCCUUAUCAAAUUAGAAAAGCCCUUUCGAAAGGAGAAUACAUCGUUAAGACCUAAAUCUAAACUUUAUCAGUUUCAAAUUGGUUUAUCACCAAUUAGGAAAAAAGUCAAGAUUUAG